AUAAUCAGAAGGUUUAUCAGUAUGUAAACAGUUUAAAUCGAAACACUUUAUUUUACUUUUGAUCAUAGUGAAAGAGAGAGGAAAUAGUUAAGGUUUCAAUUGUUUGCCACAUAAAAGCACUGAUCAAUUGAAAUCGAAAAUAAUCGAUAGAUAAAAUAUCGAUACAUCGAUCUUAAAGCUUUUUAUUUUUGCCUCACUAUUUAAUUGUACACAAUAUUAAGCGCGACCAAAGAAAAUUUUAUUUAGUUGAGUGAAAUGUCGAAGAACAAAGGAAAACGGCCUUACGGCCUGAAAGGCAAGGAAAUUGGCAUGUACUAUAAGAAAUUAUCGCAGCAGCGUAAACAAAAUUCUAAAGAGGAGGCUAAAAUUAAACUUGGAUGUGAUGUAUCGGUACCGCCAGCCAUGCUCGACCGUGUCCAAGGAUAUGUGAAGCUUUUCAAGGACGGUGUUGCAACCCAGGUAAAUGAACAGAGGUUGAAUGAGGAUUUUAAAACUCAGUUUGGGGCUUUAAUAAGCGUUGACUUUGAUGAGUUCCUUGACGAGAUGAAGAAACAGCAUGGGAAUAUGGAAAGCUUCGACAAUGAACGCUUGGAUAAGCAGUUGCUACAGAAGCAGGAAGAAGCUCAUGAGCUUAACAACAUUUUCCAAGAGCGUUAUAGAGCGCGCCUUAGACUGCCCACAAUGGCGCAGGCGGCAAACAUAAUCGAUGCGGUGGCUAACAAUCAAGUGGUGUUAAUUGUGGGCAGUACUGGUUGCGGCAAGACAACCCAAGUGCCACAAAUCUUGCUGGAUGACGCAAUUGGCAAGGGGAUUGGCUCGCAGUGUCGAAUUGUAUGCACCCAGCCGCGUCGCAUCUCAGCCAUUACCGUGGCGGAGCGUGUAAGCUACGAGCGUGCCGAAAAAAUUGGAAAAUCGGUGGGCUACCAGAUACGGCUAGAAGCCUGUAAGCCGCGCGAGCGCGCCUCCAUCACAUACUGCACCACGGGUGUGCUGCUGCACCAGCUUCAGUCGGAUCCGCUGAUGCACAACACAAGCGUACUCAUAUUGGACGAGAUACAUGAGCGCAGCGUAGAGACGGAUUUGCUGAUGGGUCUGCUAAAGCUCAUACUGCCGCAUCGACCAGCUCUAAAGGUUAUAUUAAUGAGCGCUACAGUGCGGGAGCAGGAUUUUUGCGACUACUUUGAUCAGUGUCCCAUGUUUCACAUAGAUGGUGUUAUGUUUCCCGUGCAGAUGCUUUAUCUGGAGGAUGUACUUGAGCUCACAGGCUAUCAGUUCGAUAGCAAGCGAGAGAAACGUGCCAAAUCUGCUGCCGAGCAGGCCGAGCACAGAGCCAUGAUUGAGCCUUACAUACGGCGCGUGCGUGGAAAUUUUGAUAAGCGUGUGCUGGAACAACUCCGUCUACCCGAAUCCGAGGGUUGCGACAUUGACUUUGUGUCGCAUCUCAUUUACCACAUUUGCUCAAGAGAAGCCGAAGGCGCAAUUCUAGUUUUUAUGCCGGGCUAUGACAAAAUAUCGCAGCUUCAUAGCAUUCUGGAAAAGCCACGCACAGCGUUGGGUCAGCACUGGAAAGAUCACUUACAGCUCUAUACGCUCCACUCUAUGCUGCCCUCAGUGGAGCAGCAGGCAGUGUUUGGACGCGUGCCAAGAGGCAAGCGCAAAGUCAUCAUAUCGACAAUUAUUGCCGAAACCUCUGUAACCAUCGACGAUGUGGUCUAUGUCAUCAACACAGGCCGCACCAAGGUCAGCAGCUAUGACACUGAGACAAAUAUACAAGCGUUGGAAGAAGCCUGGGUCACCAAAGCCAACACACAGCAGCGGCGCGGACGCGCAGGUCGCGUGCAACCAGGCAUCUGUUAUAAUCUGUUCAGUCGUGCACGUGAAGAGCGCAUGCCGGAGAUGCCCACGCCAGAGAUAUUACGCAGCAAGCUAGAAUCAAUAUUACUCAGUCUCAAGCUGAUGCAUAUUGAAGAUCCCUAUGGCUUUCUGCAAACAUUAAUUAAUCCGCCAGCCAAAGAGGCUAUUUCCAAUGGCUUGGCAUUGCUUAAGAGAAUUGAGGCAUUGGACAGCGCUGGUCUGCUCACACCUUUGGGCAUGCAUUUGGCCAAGAUGCCAAUUGAUCCGCAGAUGGGCAAAAUGAUGCUCAUGUCGACGCUCUUUCGUUGCUGGGAUCCUAUAAGCUCGGCGGCUGCCGCACUAUCCUACAAGAGUCCGUUUUAUACGCCGAUUGGACUAGAGCGGCGAGUAGAUGAGACCAAACGCCGUCUGGCCUGCAAUAUGCGCAGUGAUCAUUUAUGCCUGCAUAAUACAAUUUGUGCUUAUCGUGAGUGCGGUCGCGCACAACGUCAGCGUGACUUUUGCUACAAUAACUUUCUUAGCUUCAUGACACUGCAGCAGCUAGAGCGCAUGAAGCAACAAUUUGCCCAGUUGUUGCAUAACUACAAAUUUCUCUCCUCAUCGGAUUGCCAGCAUGAUAAGUCCAAUAGCAACUCGGAGAACGUGAGCUUGGUGCGCGCCAUCAUUGGAGCUGGUCUUUAUCCAAACAUGGCACACUUACACAAGGCGCGUCAAAUCAGGAAUCAAGUUAGAACUGUACACUCAAUGACUACAGACGAUGGGCGUCAUGUAAAUUUUCACCCAUCCUCUGUGAAUAGCGGUGAAGCCAGCUUCGAGUCCAAUUACUUUGUCUACUAUCAGCGACAGAAAUCAUCCGCGCUUUAUUUGCUGGACGCCACAAUGGUUUUCUCCCCCGCUCGGACUCCUCAAGUAUCAUUAACGUUGGUAAGCAUGAUAAGGGUGCCUCCUACUCGAGUAGACUACGUCAUGUACAGGGUACGAUGCGAGCCUGAGGUCAGAGACAGGCUUGAAGCACCUUGUUUGCUUAAAAAGGCACUUUAUCCGGCCCCAGUCGAUGAGAAUAGCCACGAGAAUGAAUUGAUCCGAGCCAUCGAGCUGUUGCUCUCACUGGACGAAGGCAUGGGCGAUGAGUACUCCGAUGACAUAGAUAAUAUAUAAAUUUAUAUGAUAUAUAAUAUAUAUAUAUGUAUAUGUGUGUUAUAAUUCAUCUCGAUCAGUGUUGUAAUUUAAUAAAUUUGUCUC